AAGAAUGUCCAUCUUUCAUUUAGACGUUCAUGAAGAAAUGAUAACCUGGAAAAGUUCAUUCAUUAAAAAGCAACGGUAGGUGAUUUCGUAUUUUAACAUCAUUGCUGUGUUUUGGGUUUGGAAUUAAGCUAUUAAUAUUAAGGCAAGACACUACAGGAGAAACCAUUGCUUAUUUUUCAUUCACUGGUCAAUUAUGAGAUUUGGAGCUAUUUUGCUUCCAUAACAUGUCUUCUUUCUGAAGUAAGACGAAAACAUCCAAAAUAUCAAUUUACGUGUUAAUCUUGUUAUACUUUAUCGAUUUGUGUCUUUUAAAGUUAUUUUUUUCCACUCUAAAAUUUUAGAUUUUUUUUCCCGCCAGAUAUUUCCACUCAAGUAUAGCAAUUAGACCAAAAUAUGUAUUUAAACAGAACGUUUAUCCCAGUGUCUCCCUCACUCCACUGAGCCUGUAUGGCUGAUGAUGAAUGCAGUCUAUCGCUCUUGAUGCAGCAGGUGUACCGCUCCUGACGCAGUCUGUUCCGCCGUCUGCUAUCAACCCUCAUACGAGCUCACCGGUUAUUUACCGGGCAACAGCUGCAUCAUUUUGUCAACCGGUGCGGUACAGCAGCCCUACUUUUAUAAUACCUCAAGAACACGGAAUUACGCAUUUGCGUGCGCGUUACACGUUGGUUCAGCUCGAGCGCGUCUCCUCGUCGCGGUGAGUCAGUGAGGCGGGAUCCGCGGUGAGUCCGCGAGAUUGGAUUAGUCGCUGUGCGUCGGUCAGUCCUCGCUCUGUUGGCGCUACCGUAACCGGGCGUCAUGAAACGGAAUGCGGGCAACGUUUAAAGCCGGUCAUACAGUCACAGAGACCCACACUCGCGUUCGCGGCUUUAUCCGUUUGUGUUUCCUGUAAGGUUGGAAAGAUUGACGCGUUAAGAAGGUUAUUCGGAGGCAGCGCUCACCCUGGAAGCACCAUGGCCAGGGGAAGCGAGGAAUCUGUGAAUGGAUCGUGGAAAAAGCAAGUGGAUGACAUCAGGAAGAUAUUUGAGUUUAAGGAAAUCCUCGGGACUGGGGCAUUUUCUGAGGUGGUCCUGGCCCAAGAGAAGGCCACAGGAGAGAUGUACGCUGUGAAAUGCAUCCCAAAAAAAGCAUUAAGAGGAAAAGAGAGCGGAAUAGAAAACGAGAUUGCAGUGCUGAGGAAGAUCAAGCAUGAGAACAUUGUGGCACUGGAAGACAUUUAUGAGAGCCCCACUCAUUUAUAUCUUAUUAUGCAACUUGUGUCUGGCGGGGAGCUGUUUGAUCGUAUCGUAGAGAGAGGUUUCUACACGGAGCAGGAUGCCAGUGCGUUAAUCAAACAGGUUCUGGAUGCAGUUAACUACCUGCAUUCACUGGGGAUAGUCCACAGAGACCUGAAGCCAGAGAAUCUGCUAUAUUUUAACCCACAUGAAGAAUCCAAGAUUAUGAUAAGUGAUUUUGGGCUGUCCAAAAUGGAGGGCGCAGCCAGUGACAUCAUGUCCACAGCCUGUGGGACGCCGGGAUACGUGGCUCCAGAAGUAUUAGCCCAGAAACCUUACAGCAAAGCUGUGGACUGCUGGUCUAUCGGAGUUAUUGCUUACAUCUUGUUGUGUGGAUACCCUCCGUUUUAUGACGAGAAUGACUCCAAACUGUUUGAGCAAAUACUGAGGGCAGAAUACGAGUUCGAUUCCCCGUACUGGGACGAUAUUUCAGACUCAGCUAAAGACUUCAUUAUUAACCUGAUGCAGAAAGAUCCAGAAAAGAGGUUGACUUGUGAAGAGGCUCUUCGGCAUCCAUGGAUAGCUGGUGAUACUGCGCUCUGUAAGAACAUCCACGAAUCAGUCAGCCGACAGAUGAAGAAGAACUUUGCCAAAGCUAAAUGGCGACAAGCGUUCAACGCUACUGCAGUGAUCAGACAUAUGAGGCGUCUUCAGCUCGGCAGCAGUAUGGAUUCCUCUCAACACAGGAAGCAGAAUCUAACAUCCAUGCAAGGGAAGAGUCAGUCGGUCGAUGUUUCCUCAGUCCACCACAACGACUGUUCACCCAUGCAAGCGGCAAACUCUUCCUCGGGGCCAUCCACGGUCACUACCAUCAUCACUGGCUCAAAAUGACAUCACUUCCUGUCAGACUGCUCACUUGACUGUUGCACUUUGUGGAAAGACAUGUUUUCUUCUAUUUAGCAGUAACUUCCAUUGUUCACAGUCGAACUAGUUUUCCUUUCUGGAAAGCCAGCGGUGUGCUAUAAAACAAGACUGAUUCAGAAAAUAGCGGCCUGUGUGAAUUUCAGAGACUGUUUUAAUGAGUAAAGCUCAUGAUUUGGACGCUUAUGUGGCUGGUGAGUGGGGUUUACAAACAUCUACUUUUGAGUCUUAGACGGUGUAGAUAAAAGAGUCUCAUUCAUUCAAAAGUUGUUGCUGCUUUAUUUCAACCUGUUGCUGUUUUGAACAACCAAAUGAUAAAGGAUGUGAUUUACGGAAGCUGAUGUAGUGAAUACAGGCUUUAAACCAAUAGCCAGGUUUACUGACAUCCAAUACGUAUAAACUUGAAUUUCGGAUGCAUCUGGCAUGUAUUAAUGUGAGAACGAAGGAUGUGAAUAUUGCAUAAACACAUGGAAAUGUGCAGUUGAAUGUUUUUAUCAGCAUUUUGUUAAUAAUAAUGGAGUGAUUUGUGUUUCAGAUGUUUUUGGAGGUAUAAAAGGUCGGCGAAAACGCACUAUUUUGUGUAUGUUUUGCAUUUAUUUUGUAAGCUUUGAUUUUUUUUUAUUACUCUUGGUCACACUUUACAUUGAAGUGAUUAUGUUGCAUUGUGCAAAUUCAAGUAUUUAUUGCUAUUGCCACUCAAAUUACUAUUCAUAGUACAUUAUUAUUAAAUAUAUGUAAUAUAGACAUUGUAAUGUAAAAUGUUAUCAUAACUGUGUUCUUUUAAUUGAGAAGACUGAUGAACACUUGACCAGUAACGUGUUUGUUUUUAUCACAGAUCAAUAUGAAAAGUACCAGCUUCAGUGACGGUGAUCUGUAUUUGCUGAUUUUGUGUUUCAGUGAAGUGAAAAACCAAUGCAAACAUCGCAGUUUUCCAGUUUAACUGAAGCCGUUUUUAUAUGAUGUGUCCACUGAUAUAUUAUACGACCGUGAGAGUUUCAAACUGUUCUAGAUCUUGCAUGUCAUCCUGGUCUUCAUACCAGCUCUCUGAAUUUAGCAGCCGAGUGCUGGUUCUUUCAUUCAGGUCGCAGAAAUGAUGUAAGCAGUGUUUUCUCUUUAGUAGAUUUGUUCUGUGGUGAGUGUUUUUGGUUGAGUGUAUGGAUUCAAAUUUUCAUUAAAGACAAAGAUACCAGUA